UCAUACAUAACCUUCAAUGUGGCUUAAUUUAAAAAAUAUUGAACAUUUUUAUAUUGAAAAGAGUGAGUCAAAAAAGACCCUAACCUGUAAUUGCCACCAAGGGUGGCACAACUUAUGAUGCCUAGGGGGGAAAUUACUUACCCCCCACCCCCCAUAUAGAGCCAGGUUGUUUGAACAACUUUUUACCCUAUUAAAAAAAAAUAAUCAGAAUUUGAAAAUGCAUCAAUCACGUUUAUCUUUGAUGCAAAAUUUAAGAAAGGAAACAAUAAAAGUAACCAUUAGGGUGCCAUUUUUUUUGCUUCACAAAAUUGUCAAAUCUAUUUUGGUUCAGAUUAGUUCAUUUUAUGUCAAUCCAAUAACAAGUCUAUAUUCAGAUCUCUAUAUUUUUAUUAUGCAGAUCAUCAACAGAUGUGGAUAAAUGCAUUAUAGCAAAGCUCUUUUUAUUUAUUUAGCUUAGCAAUAUUUUAGUUUAACUCAGCUCAAAUAUUCGAUGCAGCCAGACAUAUCAGUAUUUUCUCAGAGUUGAACACGGAUUUUUAUACCUUCUGAAAACUUACUUUGUUGUUCACAGUGUAUAGUUGUUUUUUUGUUUUGUAGGUUUAAAAUCUUGCAAAAAAAUAUAUAUAUAUUUUAAGCGUACCAUCUGGUCGACUCUGUAAAUAAUUGCCUCAGCACCACGGAGGGUUAAAGUCCCUCCUCCGCCUUACUGGUGACGAAGCCGCAGCGGCUCUGUUUACAGGCUCUAAAGGCUUUUUCAAAACUUCCGGCUGCUUUGCAACUUUGCUUUUACACAGCUUGCAACAAAAGGAGAGAGCAGUCGUGCACAUGUAGCAUUUCUCACAGACUGCAAAAAUAUUAGCAUUGUUACUAAAUAACUGCAACGCAACGGGUUGCCUCUGUCUCUGUGAAGCCCAUCGAUGCCUCGCCGUGUGGCGGUGGUCGGUGCAGGCAGUUCGGGUCUGGCCUGCGUCAAAGUCUGCUUGGAGGAAGGCUUGGAUCCUGUCUGCUUUGAAAGUAGUGAUGACAUUGGUGGCCUCUGGAAAUUUAAGGAGUCUCCAGAACCAGAUCGAUCCAGCAUCUACCGCUCUCUGGUGGUAAAUACCUCCAAAGAGAUGAUGUGCUUCAGCGAUUUCCCCAUGCCUGACAACUAUCCCAACUACAUGCACAACUCCCAGCUGCUGCAGUACUUCAGGCUCUACGCUGAGCAUUUUCACCUGCUCCAACACAUUCGCUUUCAGACCACUGUGAGGAGUGUUACACAAAGGCCAGACUUCUCAGUGUCUGGUCAGUGGGAUGUAGUCACCAUGAACAAAAAUAACGAGGAAGAAAGACACAUCUUUGAUGCGGUUCUGGUGUGUUCAGGACAUUAUAUCCAUCCGGUCUUACCCCUGGCUGAUUUUCCAGGACACGAAACAUUCCUUGGCAGGCUUCUUCACAGCAGGGAAUAUAGAGAUGCAGAUUCCUUCAGGGGUAAAAGGGUGGUGGUUGUCGGCUUUGGGAACUCCGGGGGGGAUGUUGCGGUAGAGAUUAGCAGAUCUGCAGAAAAGACGUUUCUCAGUGCUCGGGACGGGUUCUGGGUGAUGAGCAGAAUGUACCGUAGGGGCCUCCCUGUGGAUAUGGCGUUGAUCUCCAGGUUCAACAUCCUCCUGAUGCAGCUGCUCCCCAAGGCUUUAAUCAACUGGGCAGGAGAAAGAGCACUGAACCAGAAAUAUGACCAUGAACUCUACGGUCUGAAGCCCAGACACAGACUUCUGGACAAAAGGCCUCUGGUCAAUGAUGAUCUUCCUGGUCGAAUUCUUCAGGGAGCUCUUGUCAUGAAGCCCAACAUACGAACUUUCAAGGACUCAGGAGUUACAUUCGAGGACGGGACGGUUGAAGACAACAUUGACGCUGUGGUCUUUUGUACAGGAUAUAAAGGAAACUUCCCUUUCUUGCCCUCUGCUCUGUCUGAAGGGCCACACUGUGAGCUGAUGCUAUACAAAAGAGUGUUUUCUCCAGCUCUUCAACAACCCACGCUGGCCGUCAUGGGUCUUUUCCAAGUAAGGGGACCAGUCAUGCCGAUUGUGGAGAUGCAGGUCCGCUGGGCUGUUAAGGUGUUUUCAGGUUCGACUCGUCUCCCAUCGACGCAGAAAAUGCUUGAAGUCAUUGAGACCGACAGGAGGUUAAACAUGCCCAGCUUCCCUAAUCCUCAACAAGCUGUUCUCCAAGUUGAUUUCAUCCAGUACUUGGAUUUCAUGGCCGAGGAGAUUGGUGUUAAACCACAUCUUUGGAGACUGCUCCUAACAGACCCAGUCCUCUGGGCAAAGAUCUUCUUUGGUCCCUGCACUCCUUACCAGUAUCGCCUCACUGGGCCUGGACAGUGGGCAGGAGCCAGACGAGCUAUCCUCACACAGUGGGAGCGGGUUGCUAAGCCUUUCAGAAGCAGAGCGGUACCAGAGCCAGAGGUCCGGAGGUCUUUCCUGUGCUCUCCCUGGCUAGCGGCAUGUGCAGGAACUAUGGUCGUGGCUUUGCUUUUGUCACACAAGAUUGUCCCAUCAGUCCAACAUGCCACCCAGAUGCUGAGCAGGAGUAAGAGUUUUCUGGAUGAUUUCUGGUUCACUGACUAACCUCAAAGACUUGAAAUAAUCGUCGCUUUCACACAAAUCCCAAAUUCACACAAAAUUAAGAAAAUCUCCACAUUUUUUUUCUAAUUUUGCUGUAAAUUUUCUCAAAAUUAAUCAGACAAACGUUGAGUUUAAGCAACUGCAGCCUCACUUUAUGUCACGUUAUAGUCUGCAAUUUAUAUGGACAGUAAUAAGAAGUCACAUUUAACGUCAUACAUAAGAAACACUUUCUCCCAGGAGAAAACAGGUAAGGAUGGUCAACUCCGUUAAACAUUUAGCUUGUAUAAAUGUUUUAUGAAAACUGAAGUCAUAAGAAGAGUCGGGAUAUUCUGAGUCCAAGUUUAAAAGGAUUAAGAUGGUUGCUAUAUAAAAUUACUUUUCAAAGGGCAGCUUUAUCAAGAGUUUCUUUAAAAUAUAACCAUUCUAACAAUUAUCUUAAACUGUUCCAUCUGUUUUGGGGGAUGAGUUCAGUCAGUACUUCUCGCUGUGAUUGAGCAAAGACUUUCAGUGUUUCUGUCAAUGGUUUUAGGCAGGAGUUUGAAAUUUAAUAGUUCACUACAUUCCUCUAGAAAAAUAGCUAUAGUAUAAUUUUUGACAAAGAGGAUGUGUUGCUUCAGUGGAACGGCUAUUCUAUUGUGUGAGGAGAAAAUUAACAGUUCAAUGAAGCCACGUUUACCAAGUGGAGCCCCCUGGUUAGAACGGAAAGCCACUUUAAGCUCAACAGUUUGUGUGAAAUAUGAGCUUAUUAACCUUUCAGGGAGAAUAUAUUUCUCCAGUUAUGUUGUUUGAUUAUUUAUUUUAAAGAAGCUGAGAAUCACCUGUUGGAUAUGAAACACUUGAUUUUAUUUAUAUAGUGUCUAGCACCAAAAUGUUGUGACUGGAAAAAGCAGAACUAAAACUUUCCGUGAAGUGCCAGUUUCUGACUAAGGCAACCAUCCAGAGUGUUCUCAUUAGAGGGCAUGGGACAACGUCCCACGACCUUUGUCCUCUACCACCACCCAGGAAGUGAGCGCUGUGGCAACGCCUAAGGAGUUAAGUAACCUGUGGGGGGGUGAUUGAUGGGAGGCACCGGUGUGGUUGUUCGCCUAGGGAACCUAACUGCCUCCGUUUCCAUGCUAUCAAAUCACUUUCUAAGUUUUGCAACAUUAAAAGUGUGGUUGGCAAAUUUAAUGACUGUCUGUAAACUCAGUGUGUUGUUUAAAAAAUGUGGACACAAUUUCUAUAAAUGUAGUUGUAUAUUGACUGCUGGGUACUUUCUCCCUCUUGUGGUCAAAAGAGGGACAGCCACAAGAAGUGGUUGUUCUCUCCCGUCUAUUAAUGUGAUGCAUGUUUCCUUUUCAACUUUCAUAAUGUGGAUGUAAACAAAUACAAAGAGUUUUUUUUUUUUUGGUGUGACUACAUUAAUUAAAGGGAGGAAGGAUUAAUCUCUUGUAGUCAUCAACAAACUCAAAACCUGAACGUGAGAAAGUCUUAAAUCAGCAGGUGCACAAGAUCACAUUUUCACAUGUCUCAAUAUGUUCUAAUUUAUAUAUUUGAGCCAAAUCUUCCUUCCAACACUGAUUUGUGGUCUUUAAUGACAAAACAGGACCAGCUAAGUCAUUAUUAAAUCAACUGUCAUGUUCUGUGUUUUCCCGUGUGUUUAUUUUGAGUUUCCUGUGUGUCUGAGUCUCUGUGUUGUCCUGUCUCCCUUUGAUUAGUUCCCAGGUGUGUCUCGUUCCCUGAUUACCCUCUGUGUAUUUAGUGUCACCUGUCUCUCUGUCGGGUUCUACGUCUUCUUACGUCUAGGUAACGUCUCUGUACGUCUAUUGUCCUUCGUUUAUCCUGUUUGCUACCGGUGCUGAGCCCUAGAUUUUGCUCUGCCGUGCUGCUUGGGUUUUGGACUGUAUUUCGGACAUUUUCACCAUUAAACAUUUUCAUUUGCACUUUCACCUGGGUCUAGCGUCUGCCUCACCACCUCACUACACCGCAUUAUAUCAACUGAACCUCCUGCACAGACAAAUUAAAGUUUAAUCUGGUCUAGCGGGUCAGGAUUCCCUC